GGCUUGUCGAGGCUUGCACGCAAGACGUCUGUCGCUCUCGCAUCGUCAUCGCUGCUCGACCGAAUGGAAGUUUUAAGGAUAUUCGGUUUAGAAGAGUCUGUGAACCCGAGCUAACAAGGACUAUCAAACUUUGAGUGCAUACUUACUUCUGCAAGAUGUGUUCCACUAUUAUCCAAGUCUUAUUCCUGCUUCCUCUAGUCUGUUUGACGCCACUGGUUGGGAAACCUAAGAUCGUGGAAGCGCAGAAGUUACGACCCCUAUCAAGUAUCUCCAAUGAUAUUACAGACAGCAGCACGGAGCAGACGACGUCCUCACUCGAUCACACACUCUCUGAUAUCGAUCGCAGGAUCGAUAGUCUGGAUUCACAGAUUCAGAAUUUAAAUGUUGCAUUGAAGCAAAUUUCAGAGAGGACCCCGAGUGUUUCCGAUAUAGAGUCGGAGAAUGCCGAGCUUCGCCGAAUGCUAAGAAAUUUCGAGCGUUUCUUCGGCUCACUUUACGCGGAGAAGCCCGAAGCCUUUGACGCCGACGCGAACGCCGAAAUCAGGUUGUCGAAGCUCAACGAAUACCUUGGCAACAGGGAGGCGGAGCUUGCAGGUUUGCGCCCGGCACCAUCGACGGUGAUUGACGCAGGUGAAACGUUUGACCCGGAAGUACUUGGUAGAGCCCUCCUCCAAAUCACAGAAGAAAAUUCAAAACUGGCUGAGAAAGUUCAGAUACUUCAAUCUAAAGUGGAUAUUACUAUUCCACGGAAGGCGACUGGUCGUGAUGACGUCAUCAGACAGAAGAGGAGACGCAGGAGCCCACGUGAUCUUCCUACACAGUCCGUAAACAAUAGUACCACAAUAACCAACGAGACGUUAUCCACGAUCGAACGCAUGGUGGCGCAAGAGAUUGCUUCGGUAUUGUCUACAUUCAAUGACUCAUCGUCGUUCAAUUCGAGCAGCAACACGGUUUAUUCCGACAUCAGCGAUGAGGGCAUGACGACGUCGGAGGAAAUCGAGAUCCUAACCGAAGAUCUACUCGGGAUUCCCACUUCUCGUAGGAGGAAGUCGGCCUUUUCAGUUGCAAGUAUGUCGUCACUCUUGGGGUCAACGUCACCACAGUACGUGACCUUUGACCAUGUCUACGUCAACAAAGGACGGGAUUAUCUUAUCGACAAUCACACGUUUGCCUGUGAGAUCACUGGAUUCUAUUUCAUUACGUUCAACUUGAGGUCAUUUGAUGGACGCAAUCUUGGCGUAUCGCUGAUCAAGAACGACGAGGUGAUGACUGCGAUCUAUUCGGACGCCAGCACUCGCAACGUUAUGGAGAGCCAGAGCGUAAUCUUACACCUAGAACGGGGGGAUCGGAUUUAUUUACGACUCGGCCCUUCGACAACUUACGGAAUUUACAGCGAUUCUCGGAAGUACAGUACCUUCAGUGGCUUCCUCUUGUACCGCGGAUAUUAGAAGGCGGUGUUAACUGGGAGUUUGUUUUGUCAGGGGGGGAGGGGUGCAACAAGAUGCUGGGGGAGGUAGGGACAGAGAUGAUACAAAAAGGGCUUGUGCCAUAUUACAGUUUACCCAGCGCUUUGUGUAAAUUUAAGUAAAAUAUACGAAUGUUCAGGCCCAAUUUACCCGAUGUUUUGUGAAUAUUUAAAGCUAAAGUUAUACAAACUGUCGG